AUGCGCGCAACGGGCGCCAAAACAUUAAUUAAUUUGUUUCACGAUAUGUUAGAUAUUAAACCAAUCUUAUAUCAAUUAUCAGAUAAAUGUAAUCCAAAAAUAGACUUACCAUUUAUUACUAGCCAUCAACAAACCAAGUGUGGUAAUAUUAUAGACUCUCGUCGAACAAAAUAUCCAGAUGUACCUAAAUUAUUGAGAAUAUCGGAUAAAAAACAAUCAAUUUUUCCUACUAUCAACAAUCAACGCAAAUCAAUUGAACUUAUUGUUAAAGAAAAUCCUAAAGAUUUUAUUCGAUCAAAACGAAUAACAGAUAAUGAAGCAAUCAGUUCUAUACGUCAUAUUGGAACACAAACUGAUUAUCGAGAAGAAUCGACACAAACCAAUCCUUUUUCACCACCAUAUACUAUUUCUGGUAAUCAACAUCCAGAAGUAUUUGCUUUAUCUGAUUUUACUUAUGGUAAAGGUUUACCAGCAACAUCACUUGAAAUUUCAUUUAUUGAACGAUUACGAGCUCGUCGUGAAUGGGAACAAGAUCAUACAAUCGAUAUGACACGAACUAAAAUUGUUAUUGAACGUGAAAUACGUGAAUGGCAAAUUCGUAAUGAAGAAAUUAAAAUGUUACAAGAUACACGUGAAAAAUUAUUUACAAAAAAUCUUCAUACAUAUAUAAAAAUUGAUGAAGAAGUGACACAAAAUAUCAUUGAUCUAUUUAUUUAUCGACAAGAAAAACAAUUGAAUUUACAACAUAAAAGACUUGAAAUUGAGACAUCUCGAGAUAUUCGUCGUAUUAAACGUAUGUAUCAAUUACGAGAAACUCAGAUAAAUGCAGUAACAAGUUAUAAUCAUCUGGGAGUUAUUGGUAUGGCUCAACAGGGAAAUGGUUGUUUUUCUUUAUUGAAACCACCAUGGCAUACACGACCUGAUGAUAUUAUAACUACAUUUAAAAAUAGAAUGUCUAAUAUGUAUACACAUUGUUCUCAGUUUGAUUAUUUGAUUGAUCGACGUUUUAAUCAAUCUCAAAUAAAUAUAUUUAAAUUUGAAGAGUUAAUACCAAAAAAUGCUUUAGUUCCACAAAUUGAUCAGUUUAAUCGAUCAAUAUUAUAUAAGAAGACUUACAAUAAAAAAACACAUCGUCGUCUUCAAGAUUUGGAGAGAGCUUUUCAAUUGAUUCAAGAGGAAAAAACUAAACAAACAUUGGUAUUAGAAAAUAAACCACUUAGAUUUGUAGAAAAGGUUGAAAUAAUAGAACAUGUCAAACAACCACAAACGAUCUCGUCUCCAACAGAAGUACAUGAUCGUUGUCGCAUAGCAAUUAUCAAAUUUCAAAAUUAUCUACGUAGUAUUAUUGUUCAAUCAAAAAUUUCAAAUGUUCGUCAAAUUCGUCAAGAUUUAUUAGAAGAACUAAGAAAUGGUUUAGAACAUCAUCAAACAACAUCAACAGAUAUGUCCGAUCAUAUCCAUAGGAAUGAAAUUGUAUCACCACGAACACAAAUAUAUGAUUAUCUUGAAGGUGAAACAAUAUCUGAUAUGUUAGAUUUUUUAUCGAAAGAACUUCUUCGUCUUCAAUCGGAACAAACAAUUCAUCUUUUUAUAUUACUUGCUGAUCGUUAUCGAUAUCAACGAGAAGCAGCAGAAACAGGUUUUCGUACAAGAUCUAUAGAAAGACAAAAGCUAGAAGAUCGUGCAUUUCAAGAAAUGUUUUCAUUGAAUGUAAAUUGUGAUAUUGAAAUAUAUUUACAAGAUCUUAUUCUUGAAUCAAUUUCAAAUACUGCUGAUAAACAAGCAAGAUUAGAAAUUCAACAAAUAACUGAAACAUUAACUAAUCUAACAGAUGAAAUAAAUAAUUCUUUGUCAAAUCCAAUCGAUAUUGAAAUAAUUGUAUCUGAACUUGUACAUCAUUUUUUAUUUCCAACAGUGCAAACAAUUCUUACUCGACAAACAUCUAGAAACUUCUCUCAGUAUCAAAAUAGGUCAUUUAUCAAGAAUUAA